AUGUCCUCGCAAGCAUGCUCAAGUUCGGUGCAGUCGUCGGCACAGGAUGAGGAUGACUGGACGGCGGUGACAGAUCCUGGCGAGCGGCGCAAGAUACAGAAUCGCAUCGCUCAGCGCAAGUUCAGAGACAAAGUGCGGCAACAACGAGAAAACAACGACCGCGCCGCUGAAAACCAACGACAAGCAGCAGGCACCUAUCGCGCUCCCGAUCCGGAAGACGUAGACGGAGGCACCGAGUCCGGUCUUCCUUGGGGGAGCAUAUCACUGGGCCACAUCAUCAAGACGGGGCGCGCGAAAGAGCAGAACUCACGGGAGACGUCGCUGUAUGCUGCGGCGUCGAAGGCAGGCGGCAGCUCGAGGUAA